CUCUCUUCACCGUUGGUGCCAAGUUCACAAGUAUCAGAUCUGGUAAACACCUUUCCAAGUUCUUUCUCAAGUAUAUGUACAUUACACACCAUGUUCUUUAAAACACACCAUGUUCUUUAAAGAUGCUAGUUUCUUACUGCUUGAUAUAUAUUAGUCGAAUAGUCCUCUCUGUUUUUAUUUACCUUGCGUUCUAGGUGAUAAAUGACCGGGAAAAAGACCACGGCCUCCUCUGCCGGCCGCACUCGAAAGAAGGCCAAGGUGGUGUUGGAGGAUGAGGAAGAGGCAGGGUUGGAAGAUGAGGAAGAGGCGACUGUGACACUAUCCGUGGAGAAGGACGCACUGGAGUGUGACAUCUGCUGCCUACCCUUCCAGUCCGAAGUUUUUAUGUGCAAGAACGGACAUUCUGUAUGUGCAAAAUGCUGCAUCCGCACGAACGGUAAGUGCUGGACCUGCUCCGAGCGCAUUGGCGACAUACGUUGCCGUCCGCUCGAGAAGCUCCUGGCGGCGGCGACCACCUCCUGCAUGUUCAAGAGCAACGGCUGCUACGACGUCAUCAGCUACCUGGAGAAGGUGACCCACGAGGAGACAUGCCAGCGCGCGCCGUACAAGUGCCCCGUCCACGGCUGCGCCUAUAGCGGCCUGCGGCUCGGCUACCACGUCGCACAGGACCACGGCCACGACGACGACGGCCUCGCCUCCGUCGUCUUUAUCUACGGCAAGGCGGUGGCGACCGUGCGCAAGGACGAGCCGUUCCGCGUCCUGCUGCAGCGCAACACGGAGCGCGUGUUCCUGCUGCUCAACGGCCACGAUUUGCUACAGGGGCGCUCGCUGUCCCUGCUCUGCCUUGGCCCGCGCUUCCAGGAUGGCGUGGAGGUGGAGCUGAAGUAUAAGAUGGAGGUGAGCGGCGGUGCGCCGGGAGCGCUCACGCUGUCGGCGUCUGGCACCAUACCGUUCGCCCGGCGGCUCGAUGGGUUCCAGGCCAAAGGGUUUCUCUUCGUGCCGGAUGCAUACUGGGGCUCCGCCGGCUCGAUUUCCGUCACCGUCAGAAUUUACGUCUGACGUCGCCUCGUGCUAGCUGGUGUGGUGUGGAUAGGUUGAUUCCUACUGGUCAACCGUUCGUUCGUCUCGUUGGUACUUACCCUGGUUCAGUGGUUGUUUAUGCACUCUACGUGCUGAUGCUAGUACUUUUGUUAAUCGCAACAACGUAUGCUAGUACUUUUGUUAAUCGCAACAACGUAUUUCCUGUCGUUUUACAUUCUAUGUUAUUCCCUGGGACCUACUAAUGCUAAAACGUACAGUUGCCUG